UCAGCUGUUGGUUGGUUGGCUAUCGAAAUAUCGGAUAUAUCGGAUAUAUCGAUAACAAACGCCACAAGUCGAAAGAAGCAGAUGGAUGUGAAUAAUAAAAUAUUAGUUGUGGGCGAUGUGCGCGGUCGUUUCAAGCAGCUGUUCAGCCGAGUGGAGCAGGUAAACAAAAAAGCGGGACCAUUUGAGAUUUUGUGCUGUGUCGGUGAUUUUUUUGGCGCCGAAAAACAAAACGAGGAGCUGAUUGCCUACAAGAAUGGCUUUAAACACAUUACCGUGCCCACCUAUAUACUGGGACCCAAUAAGGAGGAGGAUAAAAAAUACUACGAAGAUUUGUCGGAUGGUGAAAUCUGCACGAAUCUAACAUACUUAGGCAAACGAGGAGUUUAUACGCUGAGUAGCGGCGUUAAAAUUGCCUAUUUAAGUGGCGUUGAAGCAGCAGCGAGCAGUGGAACGAAAUGCAGCGAGCAUGAAUUUACCAAAGCUGAUGUACAAGCUGUGCGCAAUUCCUGUUUGGUUGCAAAGAACUGUGGCACGGAUUACAGGGGCGUCGAUGUACUCUUAACUUCCCAAUGGCCCUACGGCAUGCAGGAGGAACAGAAUUCAAAGGCGUCCAAGCUGAUAUCGUUUCUGUGCCGUGAAAUUAAACCUCGCUAUCAUUUCUGUGCCAUCAGUGGUGUCUACUACGAGUGCCCGCCUUUCCGAAUGCCCAAGGAUGAGACCACGCAAUUUGAGCUGUGUACGAGAUUUAUAUCCCUCGCCGAUGUGGGCAAUGCAAAUAAGGCUAAAUAUAUUUAUGCUUUAAGCCUAAAGCCUGUGGACAAAGCACGUUUGCUUGAUCUUGUGCAGAAGACAACAAAUGAAAUCGAAUGCCCGUUUAUUGGCUUGAAGAUGGAUGGCGUUAUUAACCAGAAUGAAACGUCGGAGAGUCGACAAUAUUUCUAUGAUAUGGACUCGAGUGGCAAUCGGAAGCGACGCAGCGAAACGGACAAGCGUGAUAAGCGACCAAGGAUAAUGCAUAUCGACCAAGAUAACUGCUGGUUCUGUUUGUCUUCGGAGAAAGUGGAAAAGCACUUGAUUAUCGCUGUGGGUGAACGUUUCUAUUUGGCUUUGGCCAAGGGACCUAUAAAUAGUCAACAUGUUUUGAUCUUGUCAACCCAACAUAUACCCUGUGCUGCUCAGCUCAGCUCGGAGGAUUGGGAAGAGCUGCUUAAAUUUAAGAACGCUUUGCGUAAACUCUUCAAAAGCCUGGGACAAGUUGCUUGCUUUACGGAGCGACAUUAUAAGACUUCACAUUUGAUUAUAGACGUUAUAGGCUUCGAGGAGGGCUAUGCGUGGAAGAUAAAACAUAGCUUUGAGGAUAAAGCUGAGGAAUUUAAUCUAGAAUUUGAAACAUUGCCCGCCUUGACUUCACCUAAAAUGCUACCUGAAGUGGGUCCCUAUUUCCUGGCAGAGCUGCCCGAUGAUACCGCCCUAAUUACACGACAAAUGAAACAUUUUCCGCUGCAUUUUGCCAGAGAUGUUUUCUGUUCGGAGAACUUGUUAAAUUGUGAUGAGAAAGUGAAUUGGAAGGAUUGUCUGCUUGACAAUGAGGAGGAAAAAGCAAAUGUUGUUGAAUUUCGUAAACGUUUUGCGCCCUUCGAUUUUACAGAUGAUUGAUUGAUUUUUUGAUGAUUGAUGAUUAAAAGCAGAACAUAUUUCGUGAGUUCAAAAAA